UUUCAAACGAUGGAUAUUAAAAAUUGGUUAUAUUAUGAAGAUACUCACUCAAACAACAAUGAAUAUGACAAAAUAUUGGUUUUAAUUCAUGGAAAUCUAAUAUCAUGUAAAUAUUGGAGAAGACUGAUAAAUUAAAUUCAAUAAUUAAAUUCCAAGAUUCGUUGUAUUAGUAUGGAUUUAAGAGGAUUUGGAAGAUCCUAAGGAAAUCAUAAUGUAGAAUGUAUGACUGAUUUAUCUAAUGAUGUGGAUAAUUUACUAAAUUCUAUCCUUUCCGAUAAGGAUGAAGAAUAUUAUCAAAAAAAUGUUUAUCUUGCAGGAUGGUCUUUAGGAGGAAUUGUUAGUAUGUAAUUAGCAGUGGAUUAUCCUAAUAAAUAUUAAAAACUUAUUUUGAUUGCAUCUGGUAGUGUUUGUGGUUAUACCUUAAUGACAGAAGAUUAAGAUGGUUAAGUAAAAUGCCAAACAAAACAAUAAGUGAAAAAUCAUUCUAAAGUUGCCCUAUAAUAACAGAAAUUAAAUGAUAAGGAUAGAAACUUUAUGAGAAUGAUAUUUGAUAAGGUAUUAUUCAAUAGUGGUAAAUACCCAGAAGAAUAAGAAUAUCAAUAAUUAUUGGAUGAAACAUUUUUAUAAACAUAAUAUACUGAUGUUUGUUGGGCUUUAAAUCAAUUUGAUAUCUCGUAAUAUUAUCAAUAUUUUUAGCUCUGGAGGUACAAAUAGAGCUUCAUUAAUUAAGGGACCCGUAUUAAUUUAUCAUGGUGAAAUGGAUUUAGUUAUACCAUAGAUCUAUGCACAAGGUAAUGCUAAAGAAAUUGGAGAAGAUAAAUGCACUCUUAUUAUUAGACCUGGAGUAGGUCAUAUGCCUCCUAUUGAAGAUGAUGCUAAUUUAGCUUAAGAAAUUAGUCGUUUUAUAAAUUGAUUAUCUAG